AUGGUGCCGGAGCUCCCCGGGGAUGGGGACUGUGCCACGGGGGCUUGUUGGCUUCAGGCAGUGUGUAGGGGAAGGUGCUGCUGUGACCAUGAUGUCCCUGGGUGUCAGCAAAGGAGGGAUCAUCCCCCCACGGACGAGGACCGGCGCAGGAUCAUUAAGCAGAUGAAGGUUCGCACCACCCUGAGAGGAGACAAGAGGAUCCACCACCACAACUCGGACUCUGAGGAUGAGAAGAAGAGCAGCCCCCUCUGCAGAGGAAGCAGACGUGGUGCUGAUGUCUGGGGCCGGGGGGGAUCCCCAGCCCCCAAACCUGCUGCUCCCCAGAAUGACAGGUCACCUUCCUCCAAGCCCCAGUCCGGUUACCUCAUCAGGGGGGUGUUCACCAGGACCAUCGCACAAGACCUCUCGGCUGUGCCAGAUUCCUCCUCCUCUUCCCAACCAGCACAGAAAAAGGACAGAGCCCAGGGCCGGUCCCCCUCUGGAUACAGGAUGACCACUGAGGACUACAAGAAACUGGCUCCUUACAACGUCAGGCAAAAAUCCGUGGAUGGGGAUGAGGAGGAUGUGCCUUUUUCUCCGGAUGAAACACAAGAAGGAGGUGAGUCCUCGAGGUCCCUCCGCUGCAACAGUGUCCUGCGGCGCUCGGCCGGCCGGGAACGCGCCUACGUCCUGUCAGCGGCCAAGAAGAGCAACGGCAGCCCAACACAGGAAUUCCCACCCUUGUUUGCCAAGAGAGAGGAGGAGGGGCAGCAGAGGAGGAGUCCAACCGUGCCGGGUUCCCGCCGGUUUGCGCCGGAUGACAGCAGCCCCCUCAGUCCUGUCUCCACCAGGAAUGAGCCUUGGUGGCCCUUGAGGGAAGACAAUCCCAGGAGGAGUCAGAGCAACCCUCGCCCAGCCCUGAGACAGCAAAGUGCUGAUAGGCCAAGGAAAACCACCCCUGGAUCUUCCUGGGAUGAGCCAAAGGUAGCAGCAGCCUCUCCCUCCAGCCCCAUGACAGACAGCAGGAGCCAAACAUCCCCAUCCCUGAGGGAAACUUCAGGGAGAAGCUCCACUUCUGCUGGAAUCAGGAAUGGUGAGGACAGCCAGGCCCUGAAUGGGAAAUCCUCCUGGGAGGCUGUGACACAGCGUGGGGACAGUGAUAAAGCUCUGAAGGAAAAGCCUGAGCCCUUCCCAUGGGAUGAGGCCCCCAGAGCCACUGUGGCUUCCAUGAAUGGAAGCUUCCCUGAGCACACAGAAGCCAACAAUGGGCUUUACCCACCCAAGUCCAGCUCUGAUUCCAGGGACAGACCUGGGGAUGCUGCGGACGAGCUGCUCCAUCACUAUGAGCCCUCUCCUACCCUGGAUGUUGGAAGGUCCAGCUUGCAGCCUGAUGUCCCUUUUCCUCCCACUGAGAGAGCCCCUGUGCACAGAGAGGACACGGAAUAUUCCUUUAAAAGGUCUGUCCUGGGGUACGAGGAGAGGAGCAGCUCCACCAGUUCUGAGGGCCCAGCACAGCUCCAGCCCCACUGGAACGAGUUUUCAGGCUCAACCAGCCUCACUGAGAGGGGCCAAGGACCUGCUGGCCAUGGUGCCCACCCAGAGCUGCCCAGGGCACAGGAGCCCACAGCCCAUGAGCCCGGCGUGGUCGGGUCCCAGGACAGCACUGGUGGGAGCAGGGACACGGACAAGGGGAUGUCAUUCCAUGUGCAGAGCGAAGAAUUCACGGAAAGAAGGUCCAGCUCUGGACCUGGAGGAAGCAGCAUCCCUGCUCCAGAGACCCCAUGUGCCAACGAGUCCGAGCCACGCCAGGACAGGGUCACUCCAGCCCACUCCAUCCCCUCCACAGACAGUGCCCAGGACUGGAGGCACAGUGAGCCUGGCCUGGGGGCAGCCAGCAGGUCUGACUUCAGCUCCAGAGAGAGUGUUCUCAGUGCCCAUGAGAGCCAGCACCCUGUGCCUCUGUACCAGGACCCCCAGCCCUUCUUUGGGACAGCUCCCAGCCACAGGAUCCCGGCCUACGUGGACAGCCAAGUGUUCAGCACCAGGAGACCCACCCUGGAUCCCGACGGGAGAGUUUCCGACGGGAGCAGCCGAUCGGACGGUGCCAGGGGGCACGGGGAGUUCACCCCCCCGGCUGGGUGCCAUGACUCCCUUCCCAGAGAUCCCAGCAUGUCCAUGGCCCAGAGAAGCCACAGGGUGCCGUUCUACAUGGACAGCCUGAACUACAACAGCAGCAGGCUCCUCUCCAGUUCCAGUGAGAGGCUCUCCAGCCCCGGGUUCCAUCCUGACUCCAGCACUGCCGGGAGAGGGAUCCUCUUUGUGAAGGAGUACGUGAACACCGGCGGCUUUCCAGCCUCCCCGCGCUAUGGAAGUGGCAGCCUUGUGGAUCUGACUGAUGUGGACAGAGCCAGCUACAGCCACCACAGUUACCUGUCCAGUGCUCCCCUGCACAGGCCCAGUGACCCCAUGUGCAGUUACUGCAGCCGCGAGAUCCGAGACUGCCCCAAGAUCAUCAUAGAGCACCUGAACAUCCACUGCCACGAGUACUGCUUCAGGUGUGGAAUUUGCCACAAAGCAAUGGGAGAUCUCCUGGAUAAAAUAUUCAUCCACCGGGACAUUGUCCACUGCGACAAAUGCUACGAGAAACUCUUCUAGGGUUCUGCAGAGCUGGGAAGGCAGCCCCUGGAAGUCCACAGCAGCAUUGGAAUAUAGCUGGCAGUUCCUGACUGGCCAAGAGAGCAGAAUUCCUGCUCCUGCUUUCCUCCAGUUCUUUCCCCUCUCACUGCCCCCUGGCCAUGAGUGAGUUUAACACCCUGUCACUGUCACCUGCACAGGGACAAUGAUGGGAAUGAGACAAGGCAGCCUCAUCCUCAAAGAUCUGGUUUUCCAAAGGUCUGGGAGUCAGGCAGAGCUCCUCAGGUUUAUGGGAGCUCAUUGCCACGGGCCUUUCCUGGUUCUAUUUUUCCUUCUUUCCCAUGUGCAGCCGGGCUGUGGGAGCUGGCACAUGGGCACCGGGAGCCUUCAACACUAAAUUUGGAUUCUUGGGAAGGGUUUGAAUUUAGUUCUUAGCAAAAGCCUAUUUCUACUUCUUUCACCCCCAAAUUCAGCCUAGGAAUAGCUUCUGCCUGAUUUCCAUUUGCUUUCCAUGGGAUUCCAGGAGCACUGGCAGACUGGCUCUAAUUGUGUGUCAGCUUUAAUUCCUCUUCUGCCUCCUCAAGUGCUGCCUGUUUGGGAAGAUAACACUGUCCUUCCCCUGCUCCUUUAACCCAGCUCUGAGGGCAGGUGUCUCACGUGCCAGAGAAGGGGCAUCUCCAUUCCCUCUCCCCAAAAGAGCUCCACUGCAAUCCCAGUGUCCCCCCACUCCUCCCAAGGCUUUGCCCAGUGCCCCUCAUCGCUGUGAAUUAUUUACAGCACAAAUGCUCACUCACGGAAUUGAACUUCCACUCACAGAAAUCAGAAUUGUGUCCUUUUAGCUCUUAAUUCAGAGGCUGGGAAUGCUGGAUGCCAAAUCCUGAAAGUCAGCCUCUGUGUUUUAAAAG